AUGAUUAUUGAUGCUAGUCGAGGUGAAAUUCAACUUGAUGAUCUUUUUAAUGCUAUUGAACAUGAUAAAGAUCAAGUAACACAAGCACUUGAUAUUUAUGGUGAUUAUUUAAAAAUAAAAAAUAAUAAUUCAAUUGAUGGUAAAAAUAAAAUCGAAUUACUUGAACGUAUUUUAAAAUUAGAAUGUAUUGAAAAAACAAUUAUAAAUCAUAAUCAUGAGAAUGAACGAUCAAGAAUUAAUCUUAAAUGGACUGUAUUAACAGAAUGUGGAAUUUGGUAUCGAAAAUUAAAUUUAUAUGAAAAAGCUAUUGAAUAUUUUGAAAAAGCAAAUUUAAUAAAUAAUCGAGUAUCAACUAUUUAUUAUGAAAUGGGUAUGUGUCAUCUUGAAUUAGGAAAUAUUUAUCAAGUGAAAAUAUGUUUUGAAAAAACUAUUGAAAUUAGUAAUGAACAUAUUCAUUGGAAAUGUCUUGAACAAAUUAUAUAUCUUUAUUUUAUUCUUGGAAAUUUUUCAAAAUGUCUUGAAUAUAUUCGUAUUGGUUAUGAUCAUGUUGCAACAUAUCAAUCAUUAUAUGAUUUUGGACAAAUAUUUUUAGUUUUACUUGAAAAAACACAACCAUCAAUAAAAAUAUUAAUUGAAAAAAUGUUUAUAAAUGAAAUUCAAUAUAUAAUUUAUAAUGAUGAAAAUUUAUUAAUAAAAAUAGAUGAAUUAAAACAAAAUAUUAAAAUAUUUAAAGAAAAAUUAUUUCAAAAGAAAAAUAUUAAUAAUGAAAGAAAAAUUCUAGAUGAAAAUAUAUCCAUCGAAAAUUUUCAAGAUUUUGGUCAAUAUUUAGUAAAGAAAAUUCGAGAAUCUAAUAAUGAUAAUUCGAAACUUUGUAAAUUGAUUAAUAUUAAAAAAUUUUUACCAAAAGAAGAAAUUGCCAAUGAAAAACCUGAACAAGAACCAAUCGAACAACAGCAACAACAACAACAACAGCAACCAAUUGUAUCUGAAGAACAACGACCUCAACCAACGACUAAUCGAAAGAAACGUUCAUUUCUACCAUUAAAUAUUGAUGAUUAUGAAAAACGACGAUCAGCAAGAAGUAUUACUCGUACAAUACCAGAUGAUAGUAAUGUUAGUACAGUAGAUAAAUUACGACGAAUGUUAUCCAAUGAUGAGAACAUUUCAGAUGAUGAAGCUGAUGAAACAAUUGCUUCACCGGAAAAUAUUGAUGAUGAAACAACUCCGACAAUAUUAUCAGAAUUACCAAAAGAAAAUUUUCCAUUACUUCGAAUUGAAUAUAAAUCAUUUAUACAAUUGAUCAAAGAAAAAAUUGAAGAUGGAUAUCAAUAUCAUUAUCUUGAUCUUAUUUGUGAUUGUAUAAAUGAACUUACAAAACAUUCCUCUACUUUAUGGUCGAAUGAAGUUCGAACAAUAUUUACGAAACUUUUUGAUUGUCUACUUGAUUAUGUACAAUAUUCAACUACUGAAAUUGAAUCAAAUCAUUUACGAGCUUGUUUAUGUUAUGUUGAAAAUGCACUUGGAUCAUCAAAAUCUGAUUUAUCUGAAGAUUCAAUUGAACGAUUUAGUUGUUUUGCUCGUUUAAAAAUAAAAUAUAAAUCACUUGGUUAUUGUUUCGCACAUUUACAAUUCUUUUUAUAUUUAUUUAAAAAUAGUUCUAUUCAACAAAAACAAUUUGAAAUUGAUGAAAUAUUUUAUCGAAUUUUAUGGAUUUCAUCAUUAUAUUAUUUUUUAUCUGAUAUGCAAGAUGAUGCAUUAGCUUGUAUUUAUCAAUUACAACAUUUAUUACCAGAUACAAUAACAAUUAUUUUACCUAAUUUAAUUAAUCAUACAACUAUUUGUCAAGAUUCAAUUGAAAAACUUUAUUUACGAUUAAAAACUAAUAAUGAAAUAUCAUCUAAACAAUCAUCAUCAUCAUCAUCAUCACAAGAAUUAACAUAUAUUCUAUCACGUAUUGCUGUUGCUGAAGAAAAUGAUGAAUUAGUAUUAUUAAUAAAAAAAUUAGAAAAAAAAAUUAAAUUAUUUUAUACAAAUUUAAAAACACAAAUACAUUUACAACAAAAAUCUUUAAUUAAAUGUUAUGAAACACUUAUUAAUGUUCUUAAUGAAAAUCAACAUUUAAAUGAAAAAGAAAAUUUAAAUGUUAGAAAAAUAUUUGAUCAAAUUCUUAUUCAAAUUAUUGAUAUGAUUAUUAAAAUUCUCGAUGAAGAUUCUCAAUGGCAAGAUAUAUCAUUAAAAACUAUUGAAAAAUUAACUGUAACAUUAAUUGAUUCAAUAAUGAAACGAACUUUAUCAGGAAAUAUAUGGUCAUUUAAAUCUAUUAAACCAUGGAUUCUUCUUUAUCGUGUAACAAUUAAACGUGAUUCAAAAAAGAAUGAACAAUUUCUAAUAUCAUAUGUUCGAACAGUUCAUGAAUUAUUUGGAAAAUAUGAAAAUUGUUUAAUUGAAUCUGGUGCUUUACUUGAAUAUUUUCUUAUUGAAUUAAUACAAAUUGAACAUCCUGAUAUUCGAAAAUUUUUAUAUUCUAAUACAAUUAUUGAUAAUAAAUCAUUAGAUAAUUUGAAUGAAUCUAAUGAACAAAAAAGUAAAUUAUCAAAAGUUAUUGAUGAAAUUGAACAAUGUAUUUAUUGUUUAUAUGGUCUUGUUUUACGUAAAUCAAAAAUGAAAUAUUUAAAUGAUCAUAAUUGUCGAUCACUUGAAUUAACAUUAGAUAAAGCAAGUCUAGUUUUUUAUGCUUUACGACCAAAACAAUUACCUGGUUAUGAAGGUCGUGUUUGUACAAUAACAAAUGAAACCGAAAGUCUUUUUCAACGAUUUGAAUCUAUGAUUGAAUGGGAUGAUGAACGUGAACAACGACGAAAACUUUUAUUAUCUUAUAUAGCUGAUGCAGCAUCGAUUAAUAGUCAAGGAAAACAAAGUGAUGAACUUAUACAUUUAUCUGAUAAACCAUUUAAAUCAAAUAAUGCUUUAUUUGAAAAUGAUUUAUAUUAUCUUUUUGCUGAUUAUUAUCUUAAAAUGGGUUCAAAAGAUAUAGUAACAAAUGAAUCAUCAAAAAAAAAAGCACAAGAAUAUUAUAUAAAAGAUUUAUGUCUUAAUACAAGACGAUUUGACUCAUGGGCUGGAUUAACAGUUAUUGAAUUUUAUAAAAUCGAAGAAUUUAUUACAGCUGAUGAUUUUGAUCCACGUAUAUUUAAUGUACAUAUGUCUGCUUCAUGUUUUUUUCGACAAGCUGUUUCUGUUGAUAGUAAUAAUCAUACACUUUGGAUGGAAUAUGCUGAAAUAACUUAUAUAUUACAAUCAUAUUGUUCAAAAUAUAAAGAAAAAGCAAAAGAUUAUGUUCCAGAUCGAUCAUUUUUAUUAAAUAUAUGUAAAGAAGCAUAUGAAAAAGCUAAUAUAUGUACAGAUAAUGAUGAUAAUAAAGAAGAUUGGACUUAUUUAUAUAUGAUGGCUAAAAUUGAAGAAAAACUUCAUCGAAAUAAAUUAUUUAGUACAUUAAAAAAAUAUGUUGCUGCUCUUGAUCUUUUACAUGAACAUAAAGCUGUUUAUCCACGUAAACUUGGUCAUCAUACAGCACCAUCAAGUUCAAAGGGUAUUCUACUUGGUUGUCAUGCUGUUGAAAUGUUUUAUCGAAUACAUGCAUCAACACUUAAAUAUUUAAAUCGUCAUAGUAAAGAAUCAGCAGAUUUAACAAUUGAUAAAUUAAAUGAAUUUUAUGAAUUUUUAAUUGAAAUGCAAAAUAAACCAUUUGCAACAAGUUAUUAUGACAAAUCAACUAUUCCAAGUGAUUCUCAUUCUGGUCAAUUAAUCAGUGAUUUAUAUUUUCCUCAUAAAUCAGAUCUCAUAAUCGAUCCCUGGCUUACUGUAUAUAAUAAAUGUAUAUGGUUAUGUGUCGAAGGUCUUUAUAUAUGUAUUGCACGUUAUAAUCGACAUUAUCGUGGAUUUUAUCGUCUUUCACAUUUUUUUCAUACAAAUGAAUAUUAUCGAAAUGAUCGACUUAGUUUAGAAUUUUUACUUGGUGGUAGAGUACUUGAAUUAAAAAAUUAUCCAAAAAUUAUUGGUCUUUAUCAAGAACGUUCAAAACAUAAUUUAUUUAAUGGUAUUUGGCGUAUUCAACCAUUAGAUGCUGAUCGUACUGGUUCAUUUAAUGCUUCAAUGUAUAAAUCAACUCGUUUAUUAAUUGAUCUUCUUCUUCAAUUUGAUGAACAUUUAUUUAUUUUAUUUGAAGUUCUAAGACAAUUAUUAGAUAAACCAGAUCUUGAAAAAAAAUAUCUUCGAGAAGUUGAAAGGAAUAUAUUAUGUCAACAUGCAAUUAAAAAUCUUUUUCGAACAAUUAAAAAAAAAGUUUUACUUAAAACACGUGAUGAUAUUGAACAUGAAGGUAUAAAAAUUAUAUCAUCAAUUGAUGAAAGUGAUACAACUAAUAUUCCUUUACCUAUUCUAUUUGAAAUAUCUAUUAAAUUAUAUAAUUUAAUUAAAAAUUAUCCAACAUUUUAUCAACAUUCACGUCUUGAUGAAUUAGUUGAAUUAACUUUUCAACGUUAUCGAUCAAUUCUUAGAUAUUCAAGUCAUCUACCAGAAAAUCCAAAAGCCGAAAAUUUAACAUUGAUAUACACACCAAAAAAACUAAAACAAAAAAAACGACCAACAGCUACUACUACUGAACAAUCAACUACAAAUAAACGUCCAUGUGUUGAAUCAUCAUCAUCGUCACCAUCUCAAGUUUUUCAAGGACUUGCUUCAUUUAUUUCAAAUGACUUUGUUUCAAUUAAUGAAUAA